AUGGCCUUGGCUGAGUUUACUUUUCGUUACGUACCACAAUUGGCCGUCAAGGGGCAAGCUUUGGCUGAUUUCUUGGCCGCUCACCCUUGUGUCGAAAUAGAAGACAUGGACUAUUUUUUGGUCAACACGUUGAGUCUAUUCCCGUGGCGUCUCUAUUUCGAUGGAUCUCGAACUUCAAACAUGGGUGAAGCAGGCAUCAUCAUAGAAUCACCCCAAGGUUUCCGAACUGGAUAUUCAUUCCAGUUGGACUUUGAUUAUUCCAACAAUCAAGCCGAGUAUGAGGCUUUGAUCAUUGGGUUAGAGAUCGUGAGAGAACUCAGAAUAAACAAUGUCGUAAUUCUUGGGGAUUCAAUGUUGGUUUUGAAACAACUAUUUGGAGAUUACAAGGUGACCAGCCAAGCCUUGCUUGGCUAUCAUGCUUUGGCCAGCCAAAUGAUCGAGGAUCUUGAUGAAGUGACUCUUACUCACCUAACGAGGGAACACAAUUCUCAGGCCAACGCCAUGGCCCAAUUAGCAUUAGGAGUAUAA